CGACGCUACAUGAGGAUUUGUUUUUAUCCGGUGUUUUUGCAAUUCUCGUGUUUUUCUCGAAAUUAACUGUGAAUUUCGCGUGUGAGAAGUUGCGUUUAGUGUUCAGUUUCAAAUGAAAGUGCGUUCAUCACUUUUUAAUUCAUCGCGCGGUUUACUAUAGUGUGUUUCUCUUACUAAAAUGGGUGUUACUAUAGUGCAGCAGUUUCCAAUAGUCGAAAACAGAACAGGACCCCAGACGAUAGAAUUUCUGACCAAACGAAUCACAGCCUUAGGAGCGGUUCAGCAGGGGCAGUUUUUGGUCGAUUGCGAAACUUACACGUCUGUUCCUGCUUUAGGGCAGCAGCGGACGGUGCACGUGCUGCACAACUCGGAGCACCCCGCGUCGGUGUUUUCGAUCCUGGACAACGGGACGAAGACCAUCACUUUGGUGGCAGAUCAGCUCUUCGACUUGCUCAUGCUCAAGAUGACCUCCAUCUACACGAGCAAGAAGCAAACUCGCCUCGAGGCCAAGGGACCCCGCUUCGAGCUCGGCGACUUCCUCGUCAAGCUCGGCACCGUCUCCAUGGGCCAGAACUUCAAAGGAGUCCUCGUUGAAGUUGAAUACCGACCCUGCAUGGUCCCUGGUAACUGCUGGGAACUGUUGCGAGAAUUCAUGCAAGGUUUUCUAGGAACAUGCGUUCCUAAUACAACUCCACAAUAUUUCCAGAAUCGAUUGAACGACAUGUACCAGCCCACCGAUACAAUCCACCAAUACCUCGAACACUUCUCAAUGUUCCGGAAAACCUCGGGCGUUCUAACCUACUCAUGAAGGAUCUUCUAUCUCGCUCACGCCACUUCUCCAAAGAUCUCUGUCAUUUCAGUGGGGUGAUUGUUGAAAUUGAUAGACAAAGUAAUAGACAAAGUAAUAGAAGACAAAAAUAAUAUGGAGAGAUCCUAUUCGUGGAAGAGGGUGGUUUCAAUGGACAAAGGACGCAGGUAAUAGACAAACUAACGGCAACCCAUGAGAGUUAGAGAGUUAGUCCAUCAUUUACCCCUUUAGUCUAUGAGAACCACUCAUUUAAACCAAUAGGAUCGCUUCAUACUCCUUAAGUCUUCUUUGUCUAUAGCUAUGUCUAUAAAUUUCAACAAUCAGCCGCAGGAACCGGUCACAGAUGCCGCAAUGCAGCAUAGUGGAUCAAGUCAAUUAGAGAGGUCGGACACCGAAGUUUUGACUAAAAAUACAAAUUUUGAUAAUUAUUUCAUACAUUUUAAAUUUCAAGGGUUGUUUGUUGAGGACAAUUUUACGAGGGAACUAAUGAAACCACUUUUAGAAUCUCAAAGUUUUGUAUAGAAUUACAUGCGUUUAAAGCUUCUAAAUUUUGUCCGACCUUCCUUAUUGCAUCGAUCCACUGUAUGCCGUCAGCAAUACUCCGCAUUUUAAAAUUUACGAAGUUUCAAAAUCCGAAGUCAUUUCAAUACGUUUUAGAAUCUUGAAUUCCUUAAUAAUGUGAAUGUAAUAAUAUUUAUUUUAUAAUGCAAUCUGUGAAAGGACACAAUUUCUUGAAACAGAAUAACUUGAUUGCCUCAAAAAUUUCGGACAAAUUUAUUUUUCAUUGAUUUUCUGAUUUUUAUUUAUUUCCUCUCUUACUUUAGACUCGGCCAUGGAUGUCGUCAGCAAUACUCCGCUUUUUAAAAAUCACGAAAUUUCAAAAUCCGAAGUCAUUUUAACACGUGUAAACUUACAGUAUUAAAUUCUUAAAUAAUGUGAAUAUAAUAAUUUUUAUAUUAUAAUAUAAUCUGUGAACGGACUGAAGUAGAAUAACUUAAUUACCUCAAA